UCCAUCCAAGUGGAUCUAGAAGUUGGCGUUCUAGACAGGGUGAAGAGCGGGAAGCUGGGCAACCUAUUUCGACCCGAUACGUUUGUCUCCGCUGAGCCGGGCAUGGGAAACAACUGGGCCAAAGGAUGUAGUAAAUUCAUAGGCGCUGAGCUCGUAGAUGAGAUUCUAGAGACAAUUAGGAGACAAUUGGAGGCUUGCGAUGCCCUACAAGGGUUCCAACUCAUCUACUCACUGGGAGGAGGGACUGGAUCGGGUCUUGGAUGUUUAUUGCUCUCAAAGCUGCGAGAGGAAUACCCCGACCGCAUGCUUGCUACCUUCUCCAUCAUGCCCUCACCCAAGGUAUCGGAAACCGUCAUCGAAGUAUUUGCUCUCUGUCCUCAUUCUGUCUCGAGUCCUCGAUAG